AUGGAGAAGACCGACAGCAACUCGCACCAUGUAGAGGGCCAAGAUGUGAACCCCCGUGUCGUCGAAUCUGGCAAGCAAGAGGCCUUCUAUGUUGAAGAUCGGGUCGCUCAUCUCUCCGAGGAGCAUCGCCAGUACCUACUUGCUCGCCAUGGCACUUUGGAUCUAGAUCCAAUUCCCGACAUGAAUGAUGCCGAUCCGUACAAUUGGACAACCUGGAGGAAAACGGUCAACCUGACGCUGGUCGUCUUCCACGCCAUGAUCGGUCUGUUCACCGCUGCCUCGAUCCAGUCGGCCUUUGUUGAUAUCUCCGCGGAUUUGGGCGUCAGUAUGCAGCGCACAAGCUACCUGGUCUCGUUAUUCAUUGCCAUCCUCGGUGGUGCACCGCUGUUCUGGCGACCUCUCUGCAACCGCUUCGGUCGACGGCCCAUCUUCCUCAUCUCGCUGAUUUGUUCGUUAAUUGGAAAUAUUGGAUGCUCGCAAAGCCACUCGUACGCAACCAUGGGUCUGUGCCGUGCUAUCACAUCCUUUUUCAUUAGUCCCGCAGCCGCCAUGGGAAGUGCGGUGGUUGCAGAGACGUUCUUCAAGAAGGAUCGCGCGCGCUGCAUGGGAUACUGGACACUGAUGGUGACUCUUGGCGUCCCGAUCGCCCCGUUCCUGUUCGGGUUUAUGGUUAUGCGAGUAGGAUACCGGUGGAUUUUCUAUGUCCUGGCAAUUACGAAUGGGAUUCAAUUCCUACUGUACCUCUUCCUCGGCUCCGAGUCGCUGUAUCUGCGCAAAGAGGGUGCACCCACCCAAGUGACCAGCGUGAAAGAGAGCAUUUUCAAGUUCCGCCGCAUCGAUCCCGCGCCAUUGCGCUUCUGGGACUUUAUCCAGCCUCUGAGCUACUUGAUGAAGCCCUGCGUGAUCAUCCCUGCCGCCGCCUACGCAAUGAUCUUCCUUUUCGGCAGUAUCAUGUUGACCAUCGAGAUUCCGCAGAUCUACCCGGAGCAGUUUGGCUUCAAUACGCAACAGGUCGGCAUGCAGUUCAUCGGCAUCGUCAUUGGAUCUGUGCUAGGCGAGCAAGUUGGUGGACUGAUCUCGGACCGCUGGAUGAUGAUGCGUCAAAAGCGGACUGGCCAGCCUCCGGCGCCGGAGUACCGUCUCUGGCUCAGUUACAUUGGCCACGCUCUGACCAUCUGCGGCGUUGUAGUCUUUGCCGUGCAGCUGGGCAAAUCCGGGGAUACAUGGAAUGUCACCCCGAUUGUGGGUGCGGCUAUUGCGGCGGGUGGAAACCAGAUCGUCACCACGAUUAAUAUCACCUACGCUGUGGAUUGCUAUCGGCCAGAUGCCGCCAGUGUGGGCGUGUUCAUCACUUUCAUCCGUCAGACAUGGGGCUUCAUUGGACCCUUCUGGUUUCCUCAGAUGUUCGAGAACGUGGGCUGGGGCGGUGGCGCCGGUAUCGCGGUGGCGCUGAUGGUCGGUGUCAGUGUGAUCCCGACCAUGAUGCUGCAAUGGCGUGGCUCGACCUGGCGUUAA